ACAGAGAAAUGUCGAUAUUUCUUCUACUAACGCUUCACCUACUCUUCUCUCCUGCUCAAUGUGCUAAGAGAGAAAGACUGGAUGGUGAGAUAGUCCCAGUCAGUGCUGCACAGUCCCGCACGUUAGGUGAUGACGAGGAGGAGUAUGGUGCUUACCUUGCUAUAGACCUUGACCUGGAGAUUAACUCCCACACAACAUCUGGUAAAGACGGUAAACGUUGGUUAAAGAUAACACUAGACCAGGUUCACUGUGUUGAACAAGUGAUGUAUUUAUUUAGUAGUGGUAAUCCUCUCAACACCUGGACCUGCUCUAUUAGAGACUGUAGUACCUGUGAGGGUAGCUAUAAGUUCUGUAGUAGCUUCACCCUCACAGUGUACACAGAGGGAGCAGCACCUGAUAACCUAUCACCUGAAUCUAACUACGGCUGCAAAUACGGAGAUACGGUGAAGCUAGAGGCGAUUGAUAACUUUAUUGCGUACGAGAUAGUGAUAAUCGGGAAACAAGGAUGUUUAAAACGUUCGGUUGCAGAGCAAAAAAUGUGUACCCAUGCACUUCGCGCGCACUGUAAUUGUAAACACUGA